AUGGGAUAUUGCUCCACUCCCUGCCCGUCUGCACCUGGCCAGCGUUCACCUGCCGAAGCCUUCUUGGGACGCCGACUGCGAACGGAACUCGAUCUAAUGCUACCUUCUAGAGAUCUCACAAACGGUCCACGGGAUGUCAAAAUGGAAUCUCAAUUCAAUCGUCGAAAUGGAGCACGACGCCGCCGCUUUGAGAUCAACGACGCGAUUUCUGCCAAGGAUUAUCGAAGACGGAAACCUACUCGGACUCCCCGUUUCAUCACACAACGUGUUGGAAACAACCUACACUGUUUGCUGUGGAAACGAAGUAUGGACUGCGCACGUAAACCAGUUGCGAUCCAGGAUCGGCACAACAGAGACUAA